AUGGUGGACGACCUUCUGGACUCGCCUGUUGCCGAUACUCCGCAGUUACUAUCACCCGGCUAUGAUGGAGUUGGCCAGAUUGUCAACGGCAAGAAGAAGUACAUCAGCAGCGGAUUUGAGAGUGGCCCUAGCCGCCCGCCCACUCCCCACGGCCCAGGUCUUCCACCUAAUUUUGCCGAAGUCGUCAAAGGGAUCUAUCGGAGCAGUUUUCCUCUGCCAGACCAUUUUGAAUCCAUCAAGAAGCUGAAUCUGAAGACAAUCCUGACUCUCGUCGACUUCGAGCACUCUCGCCAGUUCAGAAAGUUCAUCAAGGAUAACGGAAUUGUCUCCCACGUUAUCCCCAUUAUUGCGAACAAGGAUCCUAAGAUUUUCACCCCUCAAAAUACCGUUCUUGAUGUGCUCAAGAUCCUUUUCAAUCCCAAGAACCACCCUAUCUUAGUGCACUGCAAUAAGGGAAAGGUAUUUUCGUCUAAUGCCGAAGACUCAAGGGGAUGGUCUAACGCGGCUGCCGUGGCUGAAUACAUCAAGUACUCGACGCCCAAGUCUCGUGUCUUGGACCGCAAGUUCAUCGAAGCUUUUGAUGCAAAUAUUCUCUGUGAGCUUGUUGAUCGGGUGGGAGCACAGUAUUGGACCCCUAGCAGUCCUCCGGAACGACAGCCAUUGCAGGGGGAGCCGACCAACUAUAUUAACGGACAUUCUAAAGAGGCCAAGGAGGGUAAGGAUAUUGACGGCACUCCUGGCAUCCUCGCUUCAGACACAAAGCAGCUUUGCGAUAUGGACAUGAGUUGA